GCAGCACAUGGUCGUUUCAUAGGCAAGCAGGAUCCCUGGCUGAGCACUCUUGGACGUCGUCCCACUUGAUUAAAGACAGUCGAACCUCGCUUGACAGCUGCUCAUGACGCAGCUACGCAUGCAUGCCCGGAGACUGGGGAUUCGGCCAUCCUCCGUCCCUCGGUCGUCCAGGAUGCUAGAUCUAUAUAAUGACCCCUCCAACCCCUCCAAGAAGCUGCACUUUUGACUUGAGCAGUUCACAUCCUACGACCAAUCCAACAUGGCCGCUUUCGCUGCUGUCGCUGCUCUGCUCGGAGUUGCCAAUGCUGGCCCGAUUCUUGCUCCAGCCCAGGAUAUUGUCUUUCCCUCGACUUCGCACUCCUCCAAUCCUUUGAUCUAUUCGGGUGCCAACACGCCCUACUUCUCUGGUCCCAAUGUCCACCGCAUCUCCAACGAGGUCCCUGCGCAGUGCACUGUCCAGCAGGCCGCCUAUGUUGUGAGACACGGCAGCAGAUUCCCCGAUACCGGCUCUUACAACGCAUGGGUGGAUCUAGAGAAGAAGAUCCAAGCCGCCGUACAAAGCGAAGGCUUCGAGGCCCGCGGCGCUCUGUCGUUCAUCGCCGACUGGAAGACGGUCCUGACCAACACCACGCUGCAAAUGUCGCAGGAGUCGAUGACGGGUCGCAAGGAAGCAGUAGACCUUGGCUACACUUUGCGCGCUCGCUACCCCGACUUCUACGAGGAUGGCCAUCCGUUCUACGUCUGGGCCAACCAGUACGCCAACCCCAUCAGCAGCUCGCGUGUAGUGCAGACCGCGCAGGCUUUCCUCCUGGGAUACAUGUACGAGUUCGCCGACACGUAUGGCAAGGUCGUCAGUGUCAACUCCACCGGCUCCGUCAAUGCCAUCGGCAACUCGCUGGGACCCUCGGACGCCUGUCCCUUGUAUGUCAACAAUCAUUAUAACAAUGUGACGGACUUUGAUGCCACCUGGAUGCCCAAAGCAAUCAAGCGCAUCAACGCGCUGGUCAGCGGUAACCUGACCUUCACCGAGACGGACCUGACCUUCUUCCCUUACCUGUGCGCCUACGAGAGCCAGAUCCAGGGUCGUCUCAGCGACUGGUGCAACGUCUUCACUCAGGAUGAGUUGACCAAGUACGCCUAUUCCCAGGACCUGGCCUACUGGUACGGCGUCGGGCCUGGAUCGUCGGGGCCCACCAAGCUCCUCUUCCUGCCCUUCCUCGAGAGCUUUUUGGACCUGCUGGCCCAGGGCCCCGGUCAGAACGGCACUGGACCGGACGGCGCUCCCUUCACCGUGCCCAAGCUCAUCAUGGCCUUCCUGAACGACAACCAGAUCGCCGAGUUGACUGCCGGCAUGGAUCUCUUCAAGAACGAGAAACCCCUGCCGAAUGAUCGCAUCCCCUCCGACCACCUGUACAAUGUCGCCAAUUUCAUCACUAUGCGAGGCACGGUCGGAUUCGAGGUACUUGACUGCGAAGCGAACGAGAAGAAGAAGACCAGCGCGGGCACCUACCUCCGCAUUCUGCUCAACGAUGCUGUCUAUCCCCUGCCUAUGUGCAAGAGUGGACCUGGUAGCAGCUGUCUCUUGUCCGAUUAUGUGACCUACAUCAAGAAGAAGAACGCAGAGGCGGGCAACUUCAUCGACUACUGCAACGUGACGCAAGCCGGUCAUCCUGAGACGGUCGCCGGGGCCAGCUUCUUCACCGAUUUGAGCCAGGAUUUCAUGACCAUGGUCUCGCCUUGA